AUGGCUUCCAGCCCGCUGCCGGGGCCCAACGACAUCCUGCUGGCAUCGCCGUCGAGCGCCUUCCAGCCCGAAGCGCUGAGCCAGCCGCGGCCGGGCCACGCCAACCUCAAACCCAACCAGGUGGGCCAGGUGAUCCUCUACGGCAUUCCCAUCGUGUCAUUGGUGAUCGACGGGCAGGAGCGCCUGUGCCUGGCACAGAUCUCCAACACUCUCCUCAAGAACUUCAGCUACAACGAGAUCCACAACCGUCGUGUGGCGCUGGGCAUCACGUGCGUGCAGUGCACGCCGGUGCAGCUGGAGAUCCUGCGGCGCGCCGGGGCCAUGCCCAUCUCAUCGCGCCGCUGCGGCAUGAUCACCAAGCGUGAGGCCGAGCGCUUGUGCAAGUCGUUCCUGGGCGAAAACAGGCCGCCCAAGCUGCCCGACAACUUCGCCUUCGACGUGUCUCACGAGUGCGCCUGGGGCUGCCGCGGUAGCUUCAUCCCCGCGCGCUACAACAGCUCCCGCGCCAAGUGCAUCAAAUGCAGCUACUGCAACAUGUACUUCUCACCUAACAAGUUCAUCUUCCACUCCCACCGUACGCCCGAUGCCAAGUACACGCAGCCGGACGCAGCCAACUUCAACUCUUGGCGCCGUCAUCUCAAGCUCACCGACAAGAGUCCCCAGGACGAGCUAGUCUUCGCCUGGGAGGACGUCAAGGCCAUGUUCAACGGCGGUAGCCGAAAGCGCGCGCUGCCCCAGCCCGGCGCGCACCCCGCCUGCCACCCGCUCAGCUCGGUCAAGGCGGCCGCCGUGGCAGCGGCGGCUGCGGUGGCUGGAGGCGGGGGACUGCUGGGUCCGCACCUGCUGGGGGCGCCCCCGCCCCCGCCGCCGCCGCCACCCCUGGCCGAGCUGGCGGGCGCGCCCCACGCCCAUCACAAGCGGCCGCGCUUCGACGACGACGACGACUCGUUGCAGGAGGCGGCCGUUGUGGCCGCCGCCAGUCUCUCGGCCGCCGCCGCCAGCCUCUCUGUGGCCGCGGCCUCGGGCGGCGCCGGGGCGGGAGGGGGCGGCGCCGGGGGCGGCUGCGUGACCAGCGUUGGCGCCGGCGCGGGCGCGGGCGCGGCGGCUGGCGCCAAAGGCCCGCGCAGCUACCCGGUCAUCCCGGUGCCCAGCAAGGGCUCGUUCGGGGGCGUGCUGCAGAAGUUUCCCGGCUGCGGGGGGCUCUUCCCGCAUCCUUACACCUUCCCGGCCGCAGCCGCCGCUUUCGGCUUGUGCCAUAAGAAGGAGGACGCGGGCGCUGCGGCCGAGGCCCUGGGGGGCGCGGGCAGCGCGGGCGCGGCGCCCAAGGCCGGCCUGUCCGGCCUCUUCUGGCCCGCGGGCCGCAAGGACGCUUUCUACCCGCCCUUCUGCAUGUUCUGGCCUCCGCGGACCCCAGGCGGGCUUCCCGUGCCCACCUACCUGCAGCCCCCGCCCCAGCCGCCCUCGGCUCUCGGCUGCGCGCUUGGAGAAAGCCCCGCCUUGCUGCGCCAGGCCUUCCUGGACCUGGCCGAGCCCGGCGGCGCCGGUGGGAGCGCUGAUGCCGCUCCCCCGCCAGGUCAGCCCCCUCCGGUCGUGGCCAACGGCCCGGGCUCCGGCCCUCCGCCUCCGGCUGGGGGCGCGGGUGCUCGCGACACUCUCUUCGAGUCGCCCCCGGGCGGCAGCGGCGGGGACUGCAGCGCGGGCUCCACGCCGCCAGCCGACCCCGGCGCCGUGUCCGGUGCAGGGGCCGCGGCCGCCGGCGCGGGCCCCGCGGGAGCCCGAGUGCCCGCACCCCACCAUACGCACCUCCUGGAGGGGCGUAAGGCAGGCGGAGGCAGCUACCACCAUUCGAGCGCCUUCCGGCCGGUGGGCGGCAAGGACGACGCGGAGAGCCUGGCCAAGCUGCACGGGGCGUCAGCGGGAGCGCCACACUCGGCCCAAGCGCAUCACCACCAUCACCAUCACCACCCGCACCACCACCAUCAUCAUCACCCCCCGCAGCCGCCGUCACCGUUGCUGCUCCUGCCCCCGCAGCCCGACGAGCCGGGUUCUGAGCGCCACCACCCGGCCCCGCCGCCGCCCCCGCCCCCGCCGCCCCCGCUGGCCUUGCAGCCGCACCACCGAGGCCUUCUGUCCCCCGGGGGCACCAGCUGCAGCUACCCCAGCGAGGACAGCUCCGAGGACGAGGACGACGAGGAAGAAGAGCAGGAGGUGGACGUGGAGGGCCACAAACCCCCCGAGGGCGAAGAAGAGGAGGAAGAAGGUCGAGACCCCGACGACGACGAGGAGGAAGACGAGGAGACGGGGAUCCUGCUAGGGGACCCCUUAGUCGGGGGCGGCCGCUACCUCCAGGGCCGAGGGCUGUCAGAGAAGGCGAGCAGCCGGGACCGCGCACCGGCCGCGACGGGCGCUUUCCCACUCGCCCUGAACUCCUCCAGGCUGCUGCAGGAGGACGGGAAGCUGGGCGACCCCAGCGGCUCAGACCUGCCCCCGCCCCCGCCCCCGCCUCUGGCCUCCCAGAAAGCUGGCGGCGGCGGUGGCAGCAGCCCGGGCAGCCCGGUCCACCAUCCAUCACUGGAGGAGCAGCCCUCCUACAAAGAUAAUCAGAAAACUAAGGAAAAUAACCAAGUUAUUUUACCUACAAAGGAUGACAGCAACUUUUCAGAUAAGAACAAGGAUCAUAGCUUUUUCAUCACAGACUCUGAUGCUUCCGGAGGAGAUUUUUGGAGAGAAAGAUCAGGUGAACACACACAAGAAACAAAUUCACCUCAUUCACUCACAAAGGAUGUCGAAAAUAUGGGGAAAGAAGAACUUCAGAAGGUUUUAUUUGAACAAAUAGAUUUACGGAGACGACUAGAACAAGAAUUCCAAGUGUUAAAAGGAAAUACGUCUUUCCCAGUAUUCAAUAAUUUCCAGGAUCAGAUGAAAAGGGAACUAGCCUACCGAGAAGAAAUGGUGCAGCAAUUACAAAUCAUCCCCUAUGCAGCAAGCUUGAUCAGGAAAGAAAAGCUUGGUGCCCAUCUCAGCAAAAGCUAAAAGCUUGAAGCAUCUCAGAGUUACCAGUGCUAAAAUAUCAGCAAAUAAUUUUGAAGCAAAGAGGAAGUUAGAGCCAGAGGAUUUCACCAGUAUGUCUGAGAGGCUGGAGUUCGUAACUGUGGCAUAGGUCUGAACUGAAUUA